ACGACGACCUAACGCUUUUACGCGUUGGCUAAUAAACAACACUUUCGAAGAUGAUUUUGCAACGCAGAAGAACUUUAGCUAAAUCAUUUUAUUUGUUUAGCUAACGCAUCAUAAAGAAAAACAAUGUAGAAUGCGAAAACGGGUAUAUUUGUUCUGCUAUAAAGUUUCUGGUGCUAGCUAGCUAGCUUAGCACAACAACUGGAUGGCCUUUAUUUUCAUGUGUGUUUAUCAGCCAGUGCUGACCAGCGAACUCAUCUUUUCGCAUGUCAACAUCCCUGGAUUUUCUAAGAAUGAAGAGAAAAGUGGCUCGAUUUGAAGAAGCGCAACUCAUUCGAGAGGAACACGAAAGGAGAAGGAAGCUGCGAAUAGAACAGGUGCGGGAACAGGAGCGGUAUAUCGCCCUGCAAAUCCGCACGAAGGUUCGGCAGCGCGAGCAGGAGUUGAAGGAGGAGUGGGAGCGACAGCAGAGGGAGAAACGGGAGACCCUGCAAAAGUUCUGUCAGGACAUUCUCCGACUUUUGGGAGAGGGACAUAAUUGCCAAAGAAAAUAAGCCUGACUGUGUGACAAUUGCACAGAAAUGAGGAGAAUAACGUUCGGGCAGGUGAGCGCUAUCGACUCGCCAUCAAAGCGCUCAAAUCACAGAGACAGAAAGCGGAGGAAUAAAAUCGUCUUAUUGAGGCUAGGAAGAAGACCAUACAAGUGGAGAAGGAGAGGGCAGCAAAAGUGGCCAACCUCCCACCCAACCCAAUUGAGCCAAAGGCAUGGGAGGUGGCAGAGGAGGUGUGGUGCCUGCAGGAGCUAGGACAGGAGGAGCUUAGGGGCAACCACGCGCUGAGGAGGGAACUGCUCACACAGGACCGAGAGCGCCUCCUGGUGGAGCUGGAGCACAUGCAUCAGACAGACCUGUUGAGGCGAAGGCAUUUGAUGACUCAGAUGCCUGCCCAGAUCUUCCAGCUGCUCUCCAAGAGAUAGGAGAUGAGGGAUGACUGGCAGAGGGACAUGGAGUUGACCUUUGAGGACAUGUACACUGGAGAGAGGAGAGUGAAAUGUGACCUGGUACUGCAGCUGGUCCCAGAGCCUCUCCCAGCUGUGUCCACUGGCAGCCAGGAUGUAGACCUAGACCUGGAGGAGACCACUCCUGACCUUACACCCUCGGUUGGGGCAGAGGAACAACUGGAUGAAGAACCAUCCAGGCCUCUAGGUGGUGCUCCCAGAAAGGCCUUGAAGAAACUACUUACCCGCGUCAGGUCACAGAGAGACCAGUGGGGCUACCGGAGGCUGGUUGACCCCACGUCUGACUGCCAAACUAUUCAGACAGCAUAGUUCUACACGACCUCAGAUGGUACGACUAGUCAGGUUUUCUGGCCAGCGAAAAGCCGACCGUUGACCACUAGUCCCAGACUCCCUGACCCCUGUCAGCCAGCCCAAGCUAUAGAGACAACAGAGGAGUACAUAGUAGCUGGUACCCUGCUCCAUCCUGAUAAACAAGCCAUCAAGAUCCACACAUUUGAAACCGAGAGGAAGAGAAGGGAGGAGGAGCCGGAGAGGCAGAAGCAGGAGCAGAUAGCCCUGCUACAGGAUUUAGGGGAGAAGAAGAGCAGGCUGGAGCUGCUGCUACUGCAGGAGGCCCAGGAAGAGCGCAGUUGCAGACGGCCAUGGCCCAAGACACUGCUGCUGCAUCUGGACCACCGAAAACACCAGCCCAGGACGGCAGCCCUGCUGCACCAUCUCCUGAGCGACACUGACUGGUUCUGUGGUUGUCCAUGUGCAGUCUACUAUACACUCAGCUGCUGAGGAUGACCACACCAGGAGAAUCAGAGUAUCAGCAGCAUCUCUUAGACCAGAACAGAUGUGUUUCUCGCAAUGGCUGAUUCGUAUGAUGACAUUUGAAAGAGCUGCCUAUUGCUGAUUUGUGUAUCACAUGUGCACAGCAGAUAUCGUAGGGUGGCAGGUAGCCUUGCGGUUAGUGUUGGGCCAGUAACCAAAGGGUCGCUGGUUAGAAUACCUGAGCCGACAAGGUGAAAAAUCUGUCUAUGCCCUUGAACAAGGCACUGAACGCUAAUUUGCUGUGGCUGACCUUGUAAAACAACACAUCUCACUGUUCCUAUCUAUUGUAUGUAACAAUGAAAUUAACAUCUUCUGUUAUGGUUGUUUUUGGGAAUAACCCUCCCCACCCCCCAUAUUUUUCAAUGUUUCCAUUUCUUAUGCUUCAUAAGCAGUCAGUGGAAGAGACUCGCUGGCGUCUGGAAGAGUACCAACACACGCUAAGAAACCGCUAUUCUGGUAUAACUACAGCAACAUGUAUCCCUCCUGGUACCAAAGCCUGUCCUCUACCACACUUUAAAGGACAAAUCAUUCCACCAGUAGUGCCACUAGAACUCCCCUCUGGCUCUGCCCUUCUCCCCUGUCUCCCUGUAGCACUUAGUACCCACUAUAGAGCUUACACUCCUCUGCACCUCCCCACACCCUCCAUCUUGGCUCAAACUCUCUUCCUUCCUGGCACAACAGUCUGCUCGCAUAUAAACUCCAGGGCCUCUCCAGUACAGCUUGAACCCACCGCUAAAAGGUUAAGAGACCAAAGAGCAGGUUUUUCAGCCCAACCCUUUCAGAAGAGUCAGCUACUCUCCCUGGGGUGGCCCCGGUGAAGCCUGGGCCUGUCCUGCGGGCCUCAGCCAGGUCUGGGGAAGAGGUGGAGAGGCAGAGGCAGGAGAUACGUGAGGCCCAGUGUUGGGUGGAGGCCCAGAGGGAGCAGGAGGAAAAACUGAGAUGGCUGGAGGAAGAGCAGAGGAGGAGACAGAGGGAGGCGUUACAGGCACUGCUCACUGCUGACAACAUGCAGGUGAAACAAACAACACCUUAAGGAUUUUACCUGCUGUUACUAAGACAGGGCCACUAUUGGUUUAAAGUGAUUCAAAAAGUAAGAGUAACACUAACAUAUAAAAUAAAUAGGUAGCCCAAACAUGCAAUUUCAUUGAAAUAAUUUACGUGGAUAUACUCGUCUACUGACUCUUUCUGUGUCUGCGCGUGUGUGUGUGGCUCCCCCAGCCUGGCCCAGAGAUGCUGAUAGUUUUGGGUCAGAGCGUGUCCAUCUGAUGGCAGCUCUGCUGAGGGCCAUCGAGGAGCCCAAUGGGCAAUCAUCAUCUGUAGAAGCUAAUCCGAGCCAAGACAACACACUCAAUUUCCAGAGUUCUCACCCAGACACACCCGCCCCUCACCAACUUCCCCACCACCACCCCCGAGCAGCCAAACCCCCGGUGGCCCGCGCCAGGCUGGCCAUCAUGGAGAUAACAGAGCAGCAUGAGCUCAGUGCCAUCCAGGAGGUGGAGACACCAGCCUGAUCACAGGUCGGACAGCCAGCCACACCCUCAGGAGGCACCAUACACUACACCAAACGUAGCAGUGGUCAGAUCUGGUAACCACUUGUAUACAUCAUAAACAAGCUUGUAUCUCUAACCAGCUACUAUGUGCUGUGUCCAGAAGGGAGUGUGAGGCUGUCUUGUAUUGAAAGGGCAUUCCCAGAAGAACAGGACCACUUGGCCCACUCUGAGAGAGGUCACUCCAGCACCUUUGUGUUCAGUGCAGGGGAACACACAGCUGGGAGUGAGACAUUAAACCUGGUCUGGUAGAUCCAGCAAGCUAUCCUGGAGAGAGAGAUUACGGCUGGAGACUGGUGCCUCCUGAACCUGAUUCCACCCCGGUCUGCCCAGAACAGUCUCAACACUCCUCUGAGUUUGGGAGAAGUGUCCCUGGAAAAUCUCCUGAGUUGGAGAGCCUGUCCUUCCAGUCAGCUGGUAGACCCUCAGAACCAGCAGCUUCGCCACCACUGACCCUGAACACACCUCCACCAAAAUAGACUCUUUUCUGCUCUUGGCUGGGUUUGGAAGAGGGGAAAAAAUCAUCGGUCAAUGGCUCCUCUUCGCGAAGACGCAGUUCCUGUAGGGACGUAUCUGGUCCUGGGUCUCCCAUCUCAGACUCACUCCUACACAGCAGCAGUAUCCAGCGCAUCAUAGACAAAUAUACCAGGGAGCUCAACCUCUCUCAGUUCUGCUGGGAACCAGAUGGGUACACACACAAUUUGAAUCUUUCUUUUUGAUUCCAGUAUCCUAUUUUAGGGAAUUUCCAAACAGCAGCCUCUUACAAUCCCCCUUCCUCCCACCCACGUCCAUCUGCAGUGAUGGAGGGGUCAGUGUUUUGAGGAGCCCAGCUUCUCUGUGUCCCAGCAACAGCAGAAGCCCUGGUCAAAGCAACUGCAGGAGAAUGAGGGACCAGACAGGUCACCUGUGUGGGGGGCCGACCCACACACUCUCCCCUUGGACACAGAGUCAGGAGCUCAGAGGCACGACUAAGUGGGUUCAUUCACACCCUCACACUCCAUUCAAUGGCAAUAUGGGUUCAGAGUAAAUACUCAAAUUUUGUUGUUUUAGUAUCAACAUUGACUAUAUAUAUUUCAUUCAUGAAUGGGACACUGUCAACCGAGGCAGGACUCCACUAUCAGCCCAAUGAUUGGCCAGCCCACGGGUGGGAAUUGACUUUUAGCCGAAUGAUUGGCCAGCUCUCAGGUCAAUCAACCUCACUGGACCACAGGUGGGAUUCGACUUUGAGCAGAAUGAUUGGCGGACUCUCCAAUCAGUCAACCUCUGUGAGCCAGCUGAUUGGUCAGAUUUGACUGGACCAGUCAUCCCAGUGGCUGGAUAAAGGCCAGGAUGAGAGCCAGAUGAUGGGGCCUCUGGUUGGAGAGUUGGAUGAGUGUGCUGCCCAAUGGAGUGGGAGCUCAGGAGCUGAUGGGUCUAACUCCCUAGGCUGGGUGGAUCUGAGAGGCUCAGGCCAGACGGGAGUGUCAUCUGACCAAGAGGGAGCCCCUGAAGCCCAACCUCUGCCACACUAUCAGUGCCUGCAGCGCUCUGGCACCAGUUCCCAGGAAGUAGACAGGACUGGGGCCUCUGACUCCUUUCACCCCCUCCUGGAUGAAGUCACACAACGAGACAGCUGAACCCUCCAUGACCUUUCACCUUCCAGAAGUGGAGGGUCCAUGUUCCCACGAAGAAGAACGUGACCAUGAAGCACUUGCAGGGGACCUUGAACUCUCUGCAUGCUCAGAGGAGUUUGUGGGCGACACUUGGUCUGUCACCUCUGACCCUUCUCCUGAGUGCCUGAGAGGGGAGGAACCACCUCAGCCCUCGCCUACCCUGCAUGACUCCUUGUACCAGCUGACCACGUCCCAGUGCCUCCCUCAUAACACUGCUCUGGAUGUAUACCCAGGAGCAGAGGUGGGGGGUCUGGCAGCAUGUUCCCUCUCAGGCGCCUCUCUCUGUGAAGAUGUCGCCACUUUGGACAAGCCACUUGAAGGCAGGGACAUUGAUAUGGAGAGCAAACCAGCACCUCAGUUGACCAAGGAGGUGCUAUUAUUAAGGACCUGGGUGCAGGAGAGCCGGAUGCCCAGCUAUGUUCAGAGUCAAGCCCUCCCAUCUGGGAGAGAAUAAUGGUGUGAAGGGGAUAAGGGAUGAUUCCAUGCUGACCCUGGUGAGCCUGACAGACACCACAUUUAAAGGACCACAGACUUGCUGAGGAAGGAGAGAUGGAUGAGGUAUCAGACCAAGAAGGAAUCUGAGUGGACAGUGUUGCCUGAGGAGGAUGCCAGCCUACAGGAGGAAGAGACAACCCCCUCUCAUGCAGUGAUGCUGCUGGAGUUCCAGUCGUGUCCCAGCAUGAAUCUACAGGAGGCCUUCCAGCAGAAACGCAGAGCCCUGAUCCAGAGGUCUGCCCGCAGGGUGGAGGAGAUUCAGGCCAAGAUGGCUGAAGCCAAAGCAAACACCAGGGCCCAGUCUGAAACCACUGAGACCAGGGCCAACACAACCACCAGGGCCUAGUCUGACCCAACCACUGUUCAGUCAUCCACUACUAAACCAAGGAGAGAGGGGAGGAGUGCAGAGUCAACCCAUGCAGGAGUGGAUGCCAAGCAGAAAAAGCAUUAGCCAAAGCUCCAAACUCCCUUGCAGCGUCCCUUGCUAGCCAAGCUGAAGAAGGUUGGGGAGGUGAGGAUCAGCACUCCUGAGAUGAGGAAACAGGAUGUGGCUGACAUGCGCCAGAGAACAGAGGUGAUAAGUUAUUUCUAUUCUGCUGGAACAAGACCCAACCACACAUCACGUAAAUGUGAUAUCUGACUCUGGUACCUAGGAUGUUUUUUCAGUGCCACCCGUUUCUCUCAUGGUCUCUGCAGGUUGUACAGCUGACUAGAUGAGGUGAAGCUUCAGAAGGAGGUCAGGAGCAGACAGGAGGCAUAUGCCAAAGAGUUUCACAAGGGAACAUUUAAAAUACAGUAUCAUGUUUAAAAAUGGGGGUAUCUGGCAUUACUGUAUAUUGAAUUAAUUGAAAGUUGAAGUGGAUUGAUAUAUAUCAACAUUAGUCAGUUUGAAUUGAUAUGAAUUCUGUUUUCUCUCAUCACAGAAAACCUUACAGAAGCUACGGGCCAAGCAUUCUCCGCAAUGGUACUGAAUAUCAGUUUUAUCUGUGUUCUGUUUGCACUUAUUUUGUGCUUCCAUGUGUAUUUGUACAGUUUAAUCAGUAAUGUAAAAUAUAUUUUAAGUGUGUGUAUAUAAUCUGCAUUGUCUAUUCAUCACAACUUACUGUGUUUACACACACAACAAAAGCAGCCAGUGCACUAUUGCACUUUGAAUACUGUAGGUACACACAUUGCAUUAUGAUAAUGUUAUGUUGCCUGUAAAAAUAUUUUUGUUUUAGGUUUUUAUAGCCAAUAAAGUUGCUUGUUGCUGAUUUUCCCUAUC